CAUUGCAGGGCUGUGACCGUCUACGACAAGCCGGCGUCUUUCUUUAAAGAGACACCUCUGGACCUGCAGCACCGGCUCUUCAUGAAGCUGGGCAGCACGCAUUCUCCGUUCAGGGCACGCUCAGAACCUGAGGACCUAGCCACAGAGCCGUCAGCCUUCACGGAGUGGGAUGCUGGGAGCGGGCUGGUGACGCAUCUCCAUGAGGGGCCAGCCCUGCUGGUCAGCAGCACAAGCUGGAAAGAGUUUGAACAACUGACUCUUGACGGACAGAACCUUCCUUCUCUCGUCUGUGUGAUAACAGGUACCGCCUGGGACCCUGGGUGUCUGUUUGGUUGGGGGAUGGUGGAGGGGGAGGGGCACACAGCCUUUACCCUGUGCUUCCCACGAUCUUGUCCCCUUAAUCCUCACUGCAGCUCUGUGCCAUAGGGUCUUACACUGCUUGACAUGUGGGAAACUGAGGCUCAGAGGGUUUCACAGCAGGGCAGGGAGCCCAGAUUUAAAUCUGUAAAUACCAAGCUUUCUACUUUUUCAGUAGUUUCCAAGCAUCUUUUUUUUUGUU